GCUGAGGACGGCCGGGGGGCUCAGCGUCGGGCGCGAGCGAGACGCCCUCGACCUCGCCUCCCUCCCUCUCUCAGAUUCAUUAUUAAACAUGGGUGCGUUUUUGGAUAAACCCAAAACCGAGAAACAUAAUGCUCAUGGUGCUGGGAAUGGUUUACGUUUUGGCCUGAGCAGCAUGCAAGGAUGGAGAGUGGAAAUGGAAGAUGCACACACAGCUGUUGUAGGUAUUCCUCAAGGCUUGGAAGACUGGUCGUUUUUUGCAGUUUAUGAUGGUCAUGCUGGAUCCCGAGUUGCAAAUUACUGCUCAACACAUUUAUUAGAGCACAUCACUAAUAAUGAAGACUUUAGGGCAGCUGGAAAAUCAGGAUCUGCUUUGGAGCCUUCUGUGGAAAAUGUCAAGAAUGGUAUCAGAACUGGCUUUUUGAAAAUUGAUGAAUACAUGCGUAACUUUUCAGACCUCAGAAACGGGAUGGACAGGAGUGGUUCAACUGCAGUGGGAGUUAUGAUUUCUCCCAAACACAUUUACUUUAUCAACUGUGGUGAUUCUCGUGCAGUGCUGUUUAGGAAUGGACAAGUCUGCUUUUCUACCCAGGAUCACAAACCGUGCAAUCCAAGGGAGAAGGAGCGGAUCCAAAAUGCAGGCGGCAGUGUAAUGAUACAACGCGUUAACGGUUCAUUAGCAGUGUCUCGUGCUCUGGGGGACUAUGAUUACAAGUGUGUUGAUGGCAAGGGCCCAACUGAACAACUUGUUUCUCCAGAGCCUGAGGUUUAUGAAGUUUUAAGAGCAGAAGAGGAUGAAUUUAUCAUCUUGGCUUGUGAUGGGAUCUGGGAUGUUAUGAGUAAUGAGGAGCUCUGUGAAUUUGUAAAAUCUAGGCUUGAGGUAUCUGAUGACCUGGAAAAUGUAUGCAAUUGGGUAGUGGACACUUGUUUACAUAAGGGGAGUCGAGAUAACAUGAGUAUUGUGCUAGUUUGCUUUCCAAAUGCCCCUAAGGUCUCAGAUGAAGCAAUGAAAAAAGAUUCAGAGUUGGAUAAGCACCUGGAAUCAAGGGUUGAAGAAAUUAUGGAGAAAACUGGUGAUGAAGGAAUGCCUGAUCUUGCCCACGUCAUGCGUAUCUUAUCUGCAGAAAAUAUUCCACAUUUGCCUCCUGGGGGAGGUCUUGCUGGCAAGCGCAAUGUUAUUGAAGCAGUUUAUAAUAGACUGAAUCCACACAGAGAAAAUGAUGGGGGUGCUGGAGAUCUAGAAGACCCAUGGUAGCCUUAGAAACCUUCUAAAAUGCUUUUGAUUCUGAAAAUUGGGGGAAAAACCUUUAAUUACACUUUUCUUCAAUACAAGGGAAAAAUAUUCUUGUGGAUUCCCAACGUUUUGUGAUAUGAGCAGAAAAUCAUUAGCGUUCCCCAUCAUUCGUUCAUAUUUGUGUUUUCUGAUAAUUGCCACUCGUAGCAUUGCCUGUUCUCUACAGUAUUUCUGCCAACCUCAGGCAUACAGGUUCCAUCUGAUUGAACUUCAGGCCCUAGAAAGUCAUGGCGUUAUUUCACCACAGACCGACAAAUGUGCCUGAGGUGCAUGGGAAUAUAGUUAGCUGUAUUCUGAAGAUACGUUAUUUUAUUUUUUUAAAAAAAAGAAACAAAACUCAACAUAAUAAGCAUGUAAGAGUAAAGAAUUGUAUGAGAUGAUCCUUUCUCAGUUCACCAAGUUGGAAACCUUUUGCAGCUCUGGGGCCUGGAAUUUCAUUUGAGCAAUUUACUAUAGGAUAUAUGUAUUUAUUAUUAAUUGUUAUUUAAUUCUUUCCCCAAUUUUACCUGUAGUACCAACUGGCUUCUCCAAUAAUGUCCACAUUGUACUGUUGCCUUGCUUCAAGCUGCAGGUGUGUUUGGCAAUAAUAAUACACGCCCUUCUGGAUUUUCUGCGUGUGUCCACUCCAUCCUUCAACUUUCUCUAGGAAAUCUUUUAAAACCAAAUGAAUUAAUUUAUGGCUAUUUAUAAUUUGCUUUGACAUCUUACUGCUGCAAAUUUUUUUAAAUGAUGAAAUUUGCCUUUAUAAUGUAAAUUGUGAUCUUUGUUUUACAUGUGGGUUUCUAUAGUUUUAAUUUUUCCAGCUUUUAAGAUACAAACGAGUUUUGUGUAAUUUGGUAUAAUUUUUAAUUGUUUAUGUUAUUUCAAAAGCUCAGAAUAUCAUAUUGAACUUAUAAAUACAAUUUUAAAUGAUCUAUUUUAGAUCAAAGGAAAUAUUGCAGAGAUAUUUUCAUGGGUUCAGUGACCUUUCGUUUUAUAACAUUGGGCACGGUACAGAGUGGCUGUCACAUAGGUACUUGAAGAUUAUUAGUUUCAUUCUCUUUUUACAGUAACCUUGAUUUCUUGAAUCCUCUUGAGUUUUGCAUGUACUAAAUCCAAUUAAUGCUGCACACGAAGAGCCAGCUAUGUAAUGAAAGAAGCUAUUGGAGUAUGACAAACACCCGGUGAAUCCGUUUGUACAUGGUUUACCUGUUGUGGAUGCUUUGUAAACAUCUCCCUCUAUGUUUCAACCGUGUUUCAGCGGAUGUGAUUGCCCUUGUGUGUAGUUAAAACACUGAGUCGUCAUCCGGUCCUGUGUGAAAUGGAAUUCAUGGUAUUUUCUGUAACAUUUUUCUGAAGCUGUUUCUCGAGAACCACACAUUUGAAUAUAGACCGCUUUCCUGGUCAUUUGAUUCAUUGUGUACCUGAUUUUGGGUCUAAAAGGAAUUAUUGCCACAAUAUAUUUUAUUUAUUCUGUAGAUUUUAGCUUUGUAAGUUAAUGUGCUUUACAUGAUGAUGUUAAAAGCUAUUUGUCCCUUUACUGGGUUUAGGGGUUGUUGAAAGAUAGGGAAUGAAGAAUGCAAAAUGGUUUAUUGUUCACACUGUCCACUCUGAUCCAACCCUGUACUGAUAGUAACUUUUCAGUAUGAUAUUGUGAUGUUUCAUACAAUGCCGUGAAGAUAACCAACUUGUUACCCAAAUAAAAAAUUGAGAAAAACAA